AUGGCGCCCUCGGAAGAGCUCAUCAACUUCGACGUGAUCGAAGGCCAAAAGGAAAACAUUCAGUCACUUCCUGGAGGUCGCUCAGCCAAAAAACUUCAUGCGCUGUAUUCGCCUACGGCGCUGCAGGGCCUCUCGACACCAACCCCUCCCAGCGCCAAAAAUGUCAACGACUGCAUCCGUGCGGAGUACGAGGCAGAGGUGCAGAAUAUCUCCGAAUCUGACGACCCCCUAGAUGUUUAUGACCGAUAUGUGCGCUGGACGCUGGACGCGUACCCCUCUGCACAAGCGACACCCCAAUCGCAGCUUCACACACUGCUCGAACGAGCGACAAAAGCAUUUAUCGGCUCUCCACAAUAUAAGAAUGACCCACGUUAUCUGAAGCUCUGGCUGCACUAUAUUCAGUUCUUCGCGGAUUCGCCGCGCGAGACAUACAUGUUCCUAUCCCGUCACGGUAUUGGUGAGGGCCUCGCCCUAUUUUACGAAGAAUACGCUGCGUGGCUGGAAAGCGCAGGCCGGUGGGCUCAGAGCGAGGAGGUGUACAAGCUAGGAAUUGAGCGUGAAGCGCGCCCUGUCCAAAGAUUACUCCGCAAAUUCAAGGAAUUCGAGGAGAGACAGGCACAAACUCCAGAAGCGGCCGAUGUUCCCUCUUCACCGGCUCUGCCUAGCAUUCGCCCGGCGCUGGCUGCAAAGGUCGACCCAUUUGCCGCCGCUGCCGCUGCUGCCCGCGCGGACCCCCAGGCAACGCGUCCAACCGGCACUGCAGGCGGCUCCUCAAAGCCAGCCAAAUCGAAGUUGUCCAUUUUCUCAGACACAGAAGCCAAGCCCUCUGCGCUGUCCUCGAGGGAGGAAGGCUCCAAGGGCUGGGAGACUAUCGGAUCACUUGCGGACCGCAAAAAGGAGAACACAAUGGAAGCGCGGCCUUGGGUCGGUGAGACUCUAAAGGCUGGUGGUAAGAAACCUGUCGCUACAGCAAGGAUGGCGGUGUUUAGAGACACGUCUCUUGCUCAGAUACAAAAUAUAGUUGUUCUUCCAUCAAAACAUCAAGUAACAGUACAUCCGCAAACGGGGAAGAAGGAGUAUAUUUUCGUCGACCUUGCUGCGAUUUACCCUACGCCAGACGACCCUGGCACGGAAGUCAGUUUUGAGGAGAUCAUGGCAGCCACUCGUGGCUGGCUAGAUUGUGCAUGGGAAGACGAAAAGGUGGAUGAGCGUCCCGGCGAAAUUGCAAUGCAGCUGGAAGCGAUUGAGGAGAUCAGCAAGUUGGCUAUUCACAGGGAUACUGUCAUGUACGACGAAAAUGGCGUGAUGCUGCAACACUCAAAUGUGCCCAAACCUAGCAAGAAGAAGAAGUUCAUGGAAGUAAACGAGACACAGAUCAUCAAGGCCAAGUUGGAUUCCCCCUCAAGACCAAAGAUAAAGAAACGGAACACGUCAGAACCGACGAUGACGCUGCACACAAGAGCGGCUACGGACGAUAUAUAUGACAUUUUCAAUGCCCCCAUCAAACCCAUCCCGGAAAAUCUUAAUGAGAGUGCCGAUGAAUACGAGUAUGAAUCAGAUGGCGAGUACACUACCGAUGCGGAAAGUACCGUGGCGACUCGUAUCAUUGAACCCAGCGAGAAUGGAGAUGAAGAGAUGACUGAUGUCAAGAGUUUGAGCGAAUGGUCAGACUUUUCAACUCGCAAGCAUGCUCCAGAUACCAACGGCGAAAGCAACUAUGCGUCUGAUGCCACCAAUACUCAUAACGAAAUUGUCACCUCACAACAUCUGGACCCAACAACAAACGAAGAAAUGGUGGAUGAAGUCGAUGGGCAACAUGCUACUGAAAACUCACCUCCACAGACCAGGACAGUCUUUGUUCCUAUCCCGCCUGAGGAUUGGGAGCCUCCUACUCGUCCGUAUAGAGAUGCGGCCGAGGUGGCCAACAACAGACUACCCUUUAUGACGCCCAUCACGGAGCGAACCGAGGUAUCUCUUGAUCUCGAAGAAGACUACGAGAACCGCGUCGACCACUUUAAAACUCCAUGCAGACGCGAAAACUACCAAGCUACCGGCCCCUUUCAUACUGACUUGGAGUUUCUCAGUAGCCCGCUGAGAGAAAUCGUUGAGGAUGAUUUUCCGGUUCCCAAAAUCUCUACCACACUCAGAAACAAUUUUACACCCCUUUCAGAAAAGACAGCCAAACCUCUGCCCAGAAAAGGUCCUAUCAUCAAGGACGUCAUGUGCAAUCCCAUGGAUGAGAAUGUUCGCAAGGAAAUCCUGGCUAAUAUCCAACCCCCCUUGAGCUCCUACUCUGGAUUUUAUGACCAGCGACACGAUCAGUCUGAACGCAGUGGUGCUAUCCGCAAGUUCAUCAAGGCGCUCAACAGCAAGCCAGGCAAAUCAAACGGCGAACGAGGCGCUUCACUUCCGCCACAGGUGGUGCUUGAUUUUGCCAAUGUUGAGGCGUCCUAUACGCUGAAGAGAGAGCUUGGGGCUGGCGCAUUUGCCCCUGUCUAUCUCGUUUGCAACUCGAACCCAGAGGACGCAGCCGGUGACGAGAAUGCGGCCGCUGUCAUGGGCAAAAGCACGCUUGCCGUCAGCAAGCGUGCAGGCCUGGAAGCUUUGAAAAUGGAGAGUCCCCCAAGCCCGUGGGAGUUUUACAUGAUGCGUCUUUCGCAUAGUCGUCUGGGACCCCAGCACCGCGUCUCCGCGUCUCUCUCGCACGCCCAUGAGCUGCACCUCUACCGAGAUGAGGCAUUCUUGUUUCUUCCCUAUCAUCCUAAUGGUACUCUGCUCGACGUGGUCAACUACUUUCGUACAGAAUCCUCUGGCGUAAUGGAUGAGCUGCUGGCCAUGUUCUUCACCAUUGAGCUCUUCCGGACCGUUGAAGGUCUCCACGCCAAGCAGCUAUGCCACGGUGAUCUCAAGGCCGACAACUGUCUGCUCCGUCUGGACGAGCUCUCCAGCAACUCGCUUCUGGCCAACAAGUGGCGUGCCGAUGGCGGCGGCGGUUGGGCCGCGCGAGGCGUUACAUUGAUUGACUUUGGCCGCGGUAUCGACAUGCGCGCCUUUGUACCGCACGUUGAAUUCUUUGCUGACUGGAAGACGACUGACCAGGACUGCUCAGAGAUGAGGGAAGCGAGGCCGUGGACGUGGCAGAUUGACUACUAUGGCCUCGCAAGCACCAUUCACUGUUUCCUCUACGGCAAAUACAUUGAGACAGUGCGCUGCGAUAGCGGCGGCAUCGGCAAGGGUCGCAAGUACAGAAUCCGUGAGGGCCUCAAGCGUUACUGGCAAACGGACAUUUGGAGCGACUGCUUCGAAGUACUGCUCAACCCUUCCUCAUUCGUUGCUGGCGAGGAGGGAGGCGCCAUGCCCGUCCUCAAAUCGAUGAAGAGGGUGCGAGAGCGCAUGCAGACGUGGUUGGAAACGAAUAGCGACCGGGGGGUCGGACUCAAGGGCCUGAUCGUCAAGCUGGAGAACUACGUCAAACUAAGAAAGUAG